CCCAAAGGACAUUUACGACUGAAAAAUGUCGUAAAAUCAAAAGCGGGUGUUUUGAAACGCCAUUUUGAAACCAACGUUUUCGUUACAACAAUCCGCGACGAAAAUGGACGUUGUUUUGUGAAUUUCUCUAUCAAAUGUCAAUUAUUUUAUCUCCUGAGUAUGCCGAGAACGGGAAAGAUUGCGGUUUUAUAAGUAUAGGUGAGAAUACUAAGACCUGCAGACAUGCAACAGUCCAAGGUGAAGCGUAAAGUAGCCCGACGGCUGCUGAGGCUCAGUCCAAAUGAGGAGGCCAGACUGAUACAGGAGGAAAAGGAGAGAAGGAGGAAACUUAGGCUGCAACAGGUUCGAGAGCAGGAGAAGGCAUUUGCUAGUCAGGUGAGGAAAGACGUCAAGGAUAGAAAGGAACAGCAGAUCAGCAAGAUAGCAGCAGAACUCAAGGAAGAAUGGCAACAGGAACAACAGGAGAAACAGAAGUCCCUACAGAACCUGUAUGACAGCAGUGUCAAGAAAGUGGGGCAAGCACACCAGGAGGCCAAAGAAAAUGUGCCAGACUAUGACCUUAGGUUUGCCAUGGCUGUGGAGGACCAGAGGAAGGCAGAUGAGAGACAUGUGAAAGCUGUCAGGGCUUUACGGGUGCUCAGGGAACAGAAGGAGCAACAAGAGAACGCUCACAUUGUCGCACGGAAAGCAGCCCUUGAGGAGGAGAAGGAGCGAGCGGCUCACAUCGCCAGCCUCCCCCCUCCCAAACCUGAUCCUUUACAGGACAUAGACCUGAAGCAGCUUGGUCGUCCUGUGAGGUUUACAGAUGCAGACGCCCUCUCCACAACACACUUCCACAUGCCAACUGGGUAUGCAGAGAAGGCUGAGGAACAGGAACAGGGCGAUGCGAAAACAGCAGCAGUUGAGGAGUUUGAGAGAUUACAGGACCUGGAAGACCAGGAGAAAAGAGUGAAACACGAACAGACCGAGAAAGCACGGCUCAGACAUAAACAUGCUCUCCAUCGUGUGAGACUGGACAAGGAUCAUGAACAGCUGCUGCAUGACCUCAGUGACCUUCAGCGACAGGACCGCCAGCAUCGACGUCAGGUCAUCGCCAGCAUGCCGGCCAACCUGUUCCGGCCCCCCCACCAACGGUUGGAGUUGAAGGAAGAAGGGCAGCACGACAUGGAGCAAGCUUUUGAAGACAUGUACAUGGCACAAACUGGUUAUGUCGGAGACGUGAGCCUUGCCCUGGAUCCCCACCCCCCUCCUGCCACCCCCACCGGUGGGGACCCCUCGCUGGACCUGUCCGUGGGGCCAGGGGAGGAGACCCCCCAGGAAGUCCGUGUGGCACGAGCCGCCCAGAGUCUGAGAGAGAAGGGCCCGAAAAGUCCGGGGAGGGAGGCCAGACCUGUACGCAGGGAAGCAAACCUGAAGAGAUUGUUGGACAAGAUAAAGACCCAGAGAGAUGAGUGGGUGACCAGAGCUUCCCAAGAGGCCCCAGAACCAGACUCUGCCAGUACGCUGGUGCCGUUUCCUGUUGUACGGGAAGUGGACAUGGAGGGUCCGCUCUCGGGGAGUGAGAGGGACACCCAGCCCAAGGAUGUCAUCGAAGAGGGAAGCAUUACGACAACAACCACAGGUAAGGGAAAAGUUGCAAUAACAUACAAACAUGUAUUUUUUUCAUCCUCAGAAGAAGUCCCUCCAAAGCGGGAGGACAGUCCAGCUGAAGGGGAUUCCCAGCCUGACAGAGAAGGGGCCGAGGCUCCAGCUGAAGUGGUCCAGACCGGUACUGCAGGGACAGGGGGCGCCCCUGCAUCCCAGGACACCACAGGAGACACCAUAGUCGCAGGGAGCACUGCCUUGCUGCACCCCAGAGAGGAGGCUGAGAGGAUCAGAGCUGAGGCUGCCAAACGCCAGGAGAUGAUGGCUGACCUUGAGCGACAGAAGCAGGAACAGCUGACCUUGAUGCAGCAGCUGGAACAGCAGAGAAGACAGCUCCUGAACCAGCUAGAACAGGAGCGUGCUACUCACGAACAGCGCCAGCAAUUCCUCGAGCGCAACCUUGUACAGCAUCAGGAGAAUGAAAGAACCUCCACGAUUGGUCAAAAAGAAGAUGCAACACCCUUUUCCAUUGGUCAGCGACAGCAAUUCCUGGAGCGCAACCUUCUCCAGCACCAGGAGAAUGAAAGAACUACCUCGAUUGGUCAGAAACCAGAUGCAACACCUUUUGCCAUUGGUCAGGUGCCCAUUAGUCAUGAAACUGCCAUUGGUCAUCCUACUACAAGCGUAGAUGAGACGAAGCCUACAAUUGGUCGACAGCCUGUUGUCCCUGAUGAAAGACAGUCGGUGAUUGGUCCACAGCCUCCACAGCUAGAUGAACAGCUCAUCACUAUUCGUCGGCAUCAGAAGAAGCUUUUGGAACAGUACCGAGCCAGGCAGGAGUCUGUCAGGAAGGUACAGCAGAAACUGGAACAGCACAGUCAGAGACAGCCAGGCAGGACAGCUCAGACGCAUGCAACCAACAGGGAUGUUGUUGUGCCAAAACUGGAACCCUGGUCCAGUUCUAUGGGAGUGCCACAGAGCAGGUUACACAAAGAGCCAACUGAGGCAAGCCAAUCCUCAGCCAUAAGACAACCUCAGUUGGUUGAUUCAGGGGUCAGGGGUGAAGGGAAGACUCCACUGCAGCCAGGGGGGCCAACAGUGCCAUCAACUACAGGAGUGCCAGGCUCUUUAAGUUUAACCAGUCAGAAAGCUCGUGAACUCGAAGACAUCCAGAGAAGAAAGGAAGAGUUGAUCAGGCAACAGGAGAUGGUUAGGAAACAGAAGGAAGAAAUGUUGGCUCACCAGAGAAAGCAGGAGGAAGAGAUGAGAAUGAGACAGCAGUGGCUUGAACAGCAAAUGGAGGAACAGCAGAGGCAGCUGGAGGAACAACAACAGCUGUACAUCUUGCAACAGCAAGCUCAACAUGAAGCUUCUACGUCAGUGGAAGAGGACAGCAACACCGUGCCAAAAGAGGGUUACGAGAGGGAAGUAUUGCCGGAAUUCCUGGAAGCAGAUUCUGAAGUUUCCGCUACAGAGGACCUGAUGGUGGAACCCAUCCGUAAAACUGUCCUCCCACCGAAACCUCCACCGGCAUGGUCAAGACAGGUUCAUUACUUCCGAGGCGGCCCCACCCAUGAGCUGAGUACCAUACAGGAAGUGGACACCCCAGGCAGUGAGAGGAUGGCCAGAAGUAUGGCCCUGGCACAAGAACUGGAUGAUACAAUGAGGUACAUAAUGUAUGUGAUCUAA